AAACAGAAAUUCAACAGGCAAGAUGACCAGUCUUUCUGCAAAGGACAAGAACACAGUCAAAGCCUUUUGGGCUAAAGUGGCUGGCAAGGAGGAACAAAUCGGCUGUGAUGCCGUCUCCAGGAUGCUGACAGUGUACCCUCAGACCAAGACUUACUUCUCCCACUGGAAGGACCUGAGCCCCGGCUCUGCCCCGGUGAGGAAACACGGAGCAACCGUGAUGGCUGCAGUUACUGAUGCUGUCAGCAAAAUUGACGAUCUGACCGGUGGUCUUCUGAGCCUCAGUGAGCUGCACGCCUUCACUCUGAGAGUGGACCCUGCUAACUUCAAGGUUCUUGCUCACAACCUCCUCGUGGUCCUGGCCACCGUGUUUCCCAACGAUUUCACUCCCGAGGUCCACGUGGCGAUGGACAAGUUCCUGGCUGCCGUGGCUCGUGCCUUGUCCGAGAAAUAUCGUUAAAGUGUACACAGGAGCAGAUGACUGACAGCAGCAUGAGAUUGAA